AUGGCUCAAUCUACCAAGUGCUAUCUUCCCCGGUUCGCUUCCACGAUUGACGGGCCUAAACGCCCAGUGUCGAUGAAGACGAGACCAACGGCUGCUCAACAUGCGCAGUUACUAACCGCAUGGAACGAAGGCCGUCUGGACCCAGUGCUUGGAGCCACUUGGGCUCUCUUGUUGCAUUACUAUAUGCGUUCCGAAGAUAUUUGCUUCGGUUACCAACAUCUCGAGGGCGACUCGCGCUCUCCCAAAUCAUCUGUACAGCGUUCUACCGGCGUCAACGUUUCGACGAUCCGUAUAUCCAUCAAUGACAACGACUCUCUCACAGCAAUUGUAGAUAAGGUACGCGCAAACAGUGCGAAUCGCCAGCUCGAUGGAAGCUCGGAGGAGGCUUCCGAGGGAUAUCUCCCUUUCAACACCAUCUUCAUGCUGCGCUCAUAUGACCCGCCCGCUUCUCCUUCAAAACCUAUUUUGGCCACAGCUCUUCCAGACCAGUGCCAGGUCCGCCUUCAUGUCAAGGUGCUGCGUGGAGACAUCAGCAUCUUCCUCGAAUGGCGCAAGGGUGACAUGUCUGGUGAACAGAUGAAGAGUCUCGCAAGCAUUUUCGAGCAGUUGCUUGCCAAAGUUCUUUCUGCUGAGAACACCGCUAUUAGCCAGCUUAAUUUGUUCUCAGAGAAUGACUGGCAACGCAUCCGCAAGUGGAACUCCACCACUCCACAACUCCACGAUCGAUGCAUUCACGAAGCCAUCCACGAUCAGAUGUUGAGUGGGCCCGAUCGUGAGGCUGUGUGUGCGUGGGAUGGAAGUUUGACGUUCUCCGAACUGGAUCACCAAGCGUCGAAGCUUGCAUGCUAUCUUCGUAUGCAGGGAGUUGGACCGGAAGUCCGCGUGGCUUUGUGUUUCGAUAAAUCGAAAUGGAACAUUGUCGCAAUGCUUGGCGUUAUGAAAGCCGGGGGAGCCUUCGUCCCAUUGGACCCGACUCAUCCAACUUCCCGACUGCAAUCUCUCAUCCAAUCGGUUCAGGCACCCGUUGUGUUGUGCUCUCAGCAUCUGGCUGAUAAAUUCCGACCGAUCGUGAACACUUUAAUACCUCUAUGUGCUGAUACUCUAGAUCCUCUGUCUGACCCCGCCGACAAUGUCAAUCUUGCGUCCGGUGUCACCAGUCAAAAUGCCGCUUAUGUUCUGUUUACCUCUGGAUCAACAGGAGAACCCAAGGGAACCCUCUUGGAGCACCGCGCGUUCCUGUCUGGGGCAAUUGUGCAUGGACCCGGUUUGCGGAUUUAUCGCGAGUCGCGAUGCCUUCAAUUCGCCGCGCACACCUUCGAUGCCAGUUUGGCAGAGUCCUUGACGCCGCUUAUUCAUGGUGCCUGUGUAUGUAUUCCGAGCGAGGAAGCUCGACUCAACGAUAUUGUGACUACGAUCAACGAGAUGCGAGUCACCCAAGCCUGCUUCACCCCAUCAUUCAUCGGCUUUAUUGAAAUCGAGAGUGUUCCAGGACUGAAGAGUUUAGUUCUGGCCGGGGAGGCAAUGUCGCAGUCACAGCUGACUACUUGGUCCAAAAUCAAAUUGGUCAAUGGUUAUGGACCUACCGAGGCCAGCGUGGCAUCCGUGCUGAAUUCCAAUGUUACAUCUGACACCGAUUGUAAAGAUAUCGGCCUGCCUAUUGGUGUGAGAACUUGGCUUGUGAACCCUGAUAACCACGAUGAACUGGUGCCCGUGGGCUGCCCUGGAGAACUACUUUUGGAAGGCCCACCCCUGGCCCGGUGCUACGUGAAUAAUCCACAAAAGACAAACGAAUCGUUCAUCUACGACCCUGCUUGGACUAAAUUGGACACUGAAAGUGGCUCUAACCGUAGAUUCUACAAGACAGGUGAUCUGGUGAGGUACAACUCCGACUCAGGUGCCUUGAAUUACAUUGGUCGCAAGGAUACGCAGGUCAAGGUCCACGGACAACGAAUCGAGCUCGGCGAAAUUGAGAAUCAGCUCAGCAAGGAUUUGAACGUCACUCAUUGCUCCGUCUUCUUCCCCAAGACUGGGUUUUCUAAGGGACGCCUCGUGGCAGUUGUCUCUUCCACUGGCUUGCUUGCAGAACAGUCCGAUUCAGACCUGGAGCCUCUACGACUCGUCUCCACCUCGAAAAAGGCCGAGCUUGUCCCAGGAAUCCGAGAGCGACUAUCGGCUCGUCUCCCCACUUAUAUGGUCCCUGCGGUUUGGUUGUGUGUUGAAGCUCUGCCACUUCUGCCAUCAGGGAAACUAGACCGCAAGGGUAUUUCCACUUGGGUCGCAGGUAUGGAGAACGACCCAGAUCUUCAGAACAAUGGCUCCGUUGCAACCGUCGGCGCAGAGGCCUCCCAGCCCGCCAACGACAGAGAGGAAGCUUUGGCAGCUGUAUAUAGCCGUGUCCUCAACAUUCCCCAGAACCAGCUGGAUUUGAACGCGGGCUUCCUCGCCCUCGGUGGUGAUUCGAUCGCAGCUAUGACAUGUAUCGGUCUUUGCAAGAAGCGUGGGUUUUCCCUCUCUGUACAGGAGCUGCUGCGCAGCAAAUCAAUUCGCGACCUCGCAACUCGCGCAAAGACAAUCGAUCACCUUACGACUUAUGAAGAAGCUGUUGAUGAACCAUUUAGCUUGUCACCCAUCCAGACCCUCCACUUUGGUGUACGUAAAGAGGGCCAAGGUCACUUCAAUCAAGGAAUCCUCACUCGUUUGAACAAACCUGUCGACGAGCCAACCCUCCGCAAGGCCGUGGAAACUUUGAUAUCCCGCCACUCUAUGCUCCGCGCACGAUUCACGGACACAGGGUUCGCGACCGCAUCUAGUCAACAUAUCACUCGGGAUAUCAAGGGAUCUUACAGGUGGCGGAUGCACACCCUUGGCAGCAUGGACGAGGUCAAGAUCCAUGUCGCAGACAGCCAAUCUUCUAUCAACUGCUUCUCUGGGCCCUUGCUAGCAGUCGAUUACUUCUUGGUGAAGGGUCAGCCUAAUGUCCUGUCCAUGACAGCUCACCACUUGGUUGUUGACAUCGUGUCGUGGAGAAUCAUUCUGGAAGAUUUAGAAGACAUCAUCUUAAACCCCGAGAAGACAGGAACCAGCGACGCCUCCUUGCCUUUCCAGACCUGGUGCCGCCUGCAGAAUGAGCACUGUAAUACACUUCGGGCCGAGGAUAAAGUCGCAACUGAGGCUCUGGCAAUACCCGACUUUGCUUACUGGGGGCUUAAGGACACUCAAACCACGUAUGGCGAUGUGGAUUGUGCCUCGUUUGAGAUCGACCACGCCCACACCAAUGCUAUUCUUCUCGAAUGUCAUGAAGCCCUUGGCACGGAGCCAAUUGACCUCUUCCUCGCAGCAAUGCUCCACUCAUUUGGCCGCGCCUUCCCCGAUCGUUCUCUUCCAACGAUUUACAAUGAAGGUCACGGACGAGAAGUCUGGGACCCAUCUAUUGAUAUCUCGCACACCGUUGGCUGGUUCACCAUUCUGCACCCAAUCUUCUUGUCCGCAUACAAGUCAGAUAACCCCAUUGAUACCCUCAUCCAGGUGAAGGAUCUUCGUCGCCGUGUUUCAGACAAUGGUCGCGCCGAUUUCACCGGCCGGGUUCUGCCAGCCCAGGGCAACCAACAAUCCGAGCACCCACACCCCUUCGAGAUGUCGUUCAACUACGUCGGUCAACAUCGCGAUUUGCAGAGGAAGGAUGGUGUCUUCCAGCUUGUUGAUCAGAUGGCUGGCGAAGCUGGCCAAGGAGGCGGCGCCGCUGACUUUGGAACCGAUACUCCGCGCUUUGGUUUGUUCGAGAUCUCUGCGAUGGUCGUUGCUGGAAAGGUUCGAUUCAACUUCUCCUUCAAUAAGUUCAUGGAGCACCAGAAUCGUAUCCACAGAUGGGUUUCCGAAUGCAGAGAGCUGCUUGUAACUCUUGCUGAGCAGCUUCCUACCCUCGGCCCGCGUUUGACUCUCAGCUCAUUCCCCAUGCUUUCGUUAACCUACCCUACCUUGGAGAAGUUGCUCAACGAGAAGUUGCCCGCUAUUGGUAUUGACUCGCCAGACCUUGUUGAGGAUAUUUACCCUUGCUCUCGCAUGCAGCAGGGUAUCCUCCUUGGUCGCAAGCGUGAUAGCUCGUACUACGCUGUCCAUGACACUUUUGAGAUUAAGGCCACUGGAUCUAGCCCCCCGAAUCUCGAUCGCCUGGUAAAUGCUUGGCAAAAGGUUGUCUCUCAUCAUGCGAUGUUCCGCACCAUCUUCGUUGAGAACCUCACCCCUCGAGACCCCUUUUGCCAGGUCGUGCUGAAGAGCUAUGAUGCUACUCCAGUCUUCUUGCAGUCUUCAGGAGAAAGGGAUGUGCUUGCCACCUUUGACAAGGAAGACCCCAAGGAUUACAGCGAGUCCACACCAGCGUAUCGCUUCACCAUUUGCCACACACCCAGUGGCAGACUGUUUUCGCGCAUUGAGAUGAGUCAUGCUGCGAUGGACGGUAACUCUAUCUCAAUCAUCCUCCGUGACUUGCAGCUCGCAUACGCUGGCAGACUCGAGGAAGGCCCUCAGCCUCUGUUCAAGGAUUAUAUGCAAUAUCUCCAAGAUGCGCCAAAGGAAGCCAGCAUCAACUACUGGCGCUCGUACUUGGAUCAAGCCAAGCCGUGCCACUUCCCUGCCCUCACUGACGGCCAACAGUCGGCCAAGGCACUUCGCUCCGUUCCGGUCAACUUUGGAGCGCUCAAUGAACUGCAGACUGUUUGCGAGAAGCGCGGAAUUACUCUUGCGAAUGUUUUCAAUGCCGCUUGGGGCCUGACUCUUCGCGCCUUCUGUGGAUCUGACGAUGUCUCCUUCAGUUACAUGGCCUCUCUGCGUGAUGUGUCUGCUGAGGGCGUCCAGUGGGUCAUUGGACCGGUUAUCAACCUUCUAGUCUGCCGUAUGAAGGUUGCCGAUGACGCAAAGCUCAGUGAUGUGCUGCAUCAAAUCCAGAAUGACUACGUGGAGAGCCUUGCAUACCGCCACACUUCGCUGAUUGACAUUCAGCAUGCCUUGAAGCUGUCAGACACCAAUUUGUUCAAUUCCGGUGUCUCCUAUCGCAGACUGCCUAGUUCUAAGGAUGCUGUCAGCAGUGACAUCGAGUGUGUUGAGGUUGGUUCAAUCCACGAUCCCGCUGAGUUCCCGGUUUUCAUCAACAUCGAAGCAAUGGAUACAACCGCUCGCAUUGACCUCAACUACUGGACUACCAACCUUUCUGAUUCACAGGCUGCAAACGUGGCCAAUACAUAUCUUCGUUGCCUCGAGAACAUUGUUUCGAACGUUGAUGGCGUAAUCCGCCAGCUAGACAACUUGAGCGACGAAAACCGAACACAGAUCAUGGCGUGGAACAGCAAGACGCCCAAACCCUUUGAGAAGUGCGCUCAUCAUGUUGUCCAAGAUAUGGCUAAGAAGCGCCCUGAUGCGUUGGCCGUCACAGCUUGGGAUGGGAACUUGACUUACUCGAAGUUGGAUCAAUUCUCCUCUCGAUUGGCAAGCUACCUUGUCACCUUCGGUGUCGGUCCUGGAACCCUGGUCCCCGUCUGCUUCGAAAAGUCCGUGUGGAACAUCGUCUCCACCUUGGCAAUUAUGAAAGCCGGUGGUGGCUGUAUUCCAGUUGACACACCCGAGAGCCUCGCUCUUGUUGAGAAGUGGAUUGUUGACAACGCCGUGCAAGUCGCUCUGGCUGCCCCAGAAAAGGCUCAGGUCCUCGAGGAUGCCGUGCCGUACGUCAUCCCUGUAAGCGAGUCUCUUCUUGAGUACCUCGCCGACGAGGUUCUUAACCCCAUGGCACAGCCAUCCGACAUCGCGUAUGUUGCUAUGACUGCGGGAACCUCAGGCCCGGCUAAGAGUGUCGUCCUUGACCACUCAACUGUCAUGACUCGCGCCGAGGCAUUCGCUACAACGAUGGCAAUUGCCGAUGUCUCCAGGACCCUGCAGUUUGCAACUCACACAUCCGAUGCAUUUAUCGUGGAGGCAUUUGCUACCUUCAUGUGGGGUGGUUGCAUUUGCAUUCCGGCUGAUAUCGACCCCGGCAACUUGGCUGUCUCCAUCAAUGCAUUCCAUGUUAAUGUUGCUAGCAUAACCCCGACCGCCGCAAGCUUCUUCUCUCCCAAGGAUGUCCCAGGACUGCGAUCGAUUGCCUUGGGCGGCGAAGUUGUUUCUCAGAGCGUCCUCGACCACUGGCAGACGGACGAUCUCCAACUGCAGGUUUUGUAUGGAACAUGUGAGAGCUCGGCUGCAUCGUUCCACGUGUUCUGCUCCCAGGAUGAAAACGAGGCUGCCCUUGUUGGAAAGAGCACUUCUUGUGUCUCGUGGGUUGUUGACCCCUCCAACCAUGAUUGUCUUGUUCCGAUCGGCAGUGUUGGAGAACUGGUGCUCGAAGGGCCUGUUCUUGCCCGCGGCUACCUUGACGAACAGUCCGUUGACAGCGAAGACUUCUUCCACAAUGCUUCUUGGCUUUCUGGGCAACGAGACGGGGCUAAGCACCGCCUUUUCAAGACUGGAGACCUUGUUCGGUACAAAUCCGAUGGCUCUCUCGUUUUUGUCGGUCGCAAGCACGAUAAGAAGGAAUCUGCCCUGGCUAGUGAGCUUAUUCAGACUCAGGCGCGCAUCGAUUCCUUCCUGGACAACAAGAGGAAGUGCGUUGUGGAGAGUAUCCAGCUGCUACCCGCCAAUGUGAAGACCAAUGCUCUGGUUGCUUUCGUGGUUUCUUCAGACACCAACCCGGUCACUUCUGGAGAUCGCGUUCUCCAGUCCGCCACUCUUCCUUUGAAAGAAGUUGUUUCUAGCCUGCACGCCAAUCUGAGUACCAGUCUUCCUGGUAGCAAGGUUCCGAGUUUCUACAUCCCCAUUUCUUCGCUCCCGUUGACCCUAUGUGGAAAGCUAAACCGCCAGGCCCUCAAAACCGAAACACAAGCGCUUUCAAGCAGUGCUAUCGAGGCUUUCGAGAUCAAGCGUUGGAACGGAUCUAAGGUCAGGAACCGCGUUUCUCGGCAUGCCAGUCUCUCUGAAGCCAAUGUGGCUUUCUGGAAGGAGUACCUCGCCGAUGUUGAGCCCUGUAUUUUCCCGGCACUCUCUCAUGGGGCAAGCGACAACAACCGCUCCACCCGCACCCUCAACAAGCAGACCGCCAACAUCCACGCCUUCAGCAGAUUGUCUGGCCUCCCCGUGGAAACUCUCUUCCAGUUUGCCUGGGCUGUUGUCCUCCGGUGGUACACGGGCUCAGACGAUGUGUGUUUUGGGUAUUCUACCUCAGCCUCGGAGACGAAAUUGGAGGCUGAAGGCGUUGCCACCUGCCGAUUCCUCGUUCAGAACGAGCAUAAGCUGCAAGAGACUCUCGAAAAAGCAAAGAAGGACUCCGAGAACAGCGCAUUGAACGCCGCUGCUUUGGACAUUAUUAAACACCAGCUUGGACUCGAUGAUACAAUGCUUUUCAACACCUCGCUGAUGUAUCGCAUGGCUGCCAAUCUCCCCAAAGGCACCACGCGUGAACCAAGCAGCUCAACUGCUUACAAGAUCUUGGUUGAAGCUGAGGUCUCGCAUUCACACGCCCAGGUCCACUUCAACUACUCCACACAAACCCUUUCCUCCUUCCAGAUCAAUCAUGUCAUGGAUAUGUUUGACCAAGUUUUGGAUGAUCUGAUUGCCCACAACCUCCGUCACCGUACUAUCGGGGACCUCAAUGUAUUCCCCGAGCGCUCAGUUCGCCAAAUCCGCGAUUGGAAUGCGGCCUCCCCUCCUAGAGUAGAAAAGUGCGCCGACGAGCUCAUUCAACAGCAGGCUCUGCUGCACCCACGCGCAGAAGCCGUCUGCUCCUGGGACAAGAAUUUCACCUACGGGCAGCUUGAGAUUGUUUCCAGUCGGUUGGCUCGCCAUCUGUCCAGUCUUGCAAUCAAGCCUGAGGCCUUCGUCGUGCUGUGCUUCGAGAAGUCAGCCUGGGCUGUCGUUGCUCAGCUGGCUGUUCUCAAGGCCGGUGGAGCUUUCGUCUCGAUUGACCCCUCUCACCCCGAAUCUCGAUUGAAGAUGCUCAUUGAUGAAAUUGGUGCUAACCUUGUCUUGUGCUCCUCUUCACUCCACAGCAAAGUUUCGAAGCUCUGCGCGAAAUCGUUCCCUGUCUGCCAGACUUCAAUCUCCCAACUCUCUGACUCGCCCUUGGCGUUACCCGGAGUGCGUCCUACCCCGGACAAUGCUGCAUAUGCUAUCUUUACCUCUGGUACUACCGGAAAGCCGAAAGCAACUGUUGUCGAGCAUACUGCCCUUAGCACUACCGCGAUCGCCAUGAUCGAUUCCCUCCGCAUGAACUCCACAACCCGUGCUCUGCAAUUUUCUAACUACACCUUCGAUGUGAGCAUCAUGGAGAUCAUGAUGAUCCUUAUGACUGGUGGGUGUGUCUGUAUCCCUAGCGAGGAGGAACGUAUGAACAACCUGGGUGGCGCCAUUCGCCGCAUGGAAGCCACCUACAUCUCGGCACCUCCUGCGAUUGUCAACACCCUAGAGCCGAAGACCGUUCCCACUCUCAAGGUUAUUAUCACAGGAGGCGAGAAGAUGCCGGCCAACCACAUUGACCGCUGGGCAGACCGGUGCGUCAUCAAUGCCUAUGGCCCCUCGGAGGCCACUGUCAUCGCUACAGUUGGUGUAAAGGUUGAUUGGGAUGGCAACCGUGUCAAUGAUGAUCCCACAUCCAUCGGAACAUCUUCAAACUGCAGAGUUUGGAUUGUAGAUCCGAGUGAUUCCAACCGCCUUCUGCCCGUUGGCGCAGUGGGCGAACUGAUUAUUGAAGGAAGUAACGUCGCGCGCGGAUACCUUGCCAACGAGGAAAAGACCAAGGCCUCUUUCUUUGAGAACCCUACUUGGAACCGUCAUGCUGGCUUGCAGGGCGUGUUCAAGCGAAACGAUCGUAUGUACCGCACUGGUGAUCUGGUUCGCUAUAACAGCGACGGUAGUCUGGCCUUCAUCGCCCGCAAAGACACUCAGAUCAAGUUCAACGGCCAGCGAAUUGAACUUGAGGAAAUUGAACAACAGUGUCUGCGCUGCCUACCCCCAGACUCUCAGGUCGCUGUUGAUGUUGUUGUCCCGGAGGAACGGACCAUUGCCAAGGGCCUCGCCGCAUUCUUCACCAAGUUGAAGGGUUCUCUGCCCGACCUUCUUCCUCAGAGCAUGAUGCCCCGACUAUUCUUCCCUAUCCGCAACUUGCCCUUCACUUCCUCCGGAAAGAUCGACCGCCGAAGACUGCGGGCCAUGGUACAGUCCUUGUCCAAGGAGACUCUCAAGUCUUACAUCACUUUUAACACCUCCGACAAAAAGGGGGCUUCCCUCGCCACCGGCUUAGAGACUCAGCUCGUGGCCCUCGUGGAACGGACACUCGAGCUUGAAGCUGGCUCUGUGACCGCCGAUGACAGCUUCUUUGGUCUGGGUGGUGAUUCCUUGUCCGCCAUGAAUCUUGUCGGCGCUGCUCAAGCAGAGGGUAUCGAACUUACCGUAUCGAGCAUCUUCAACUCCCCAAUCUUGAUUGACAUGGCCAAGAGUUGCGUCGUGUCUGAUGCAGCUUCUGGGGUUAAGAAAGAAAACAUCAAGCCCUUCUCUCUGCUGCCCUCUGGGGUUUCCCUCGAAAACGUGAUGGACGAAGUCACCGACAACUGCGAAGUAUCCGAGGACCUUGUCAGCGAUAUCUACCCCUGCAGUGCUGUGCAGGAGGGUCUUCUGACGCUCUCCAUUAAACACAAUGGUGCUUAUGUUGCUCAGCCCUCCUUCCGCCUUGCUGCUGGCAUAGAUGUCAGUAAAUUCAAAGAGGCUUGGCAACAAACCGUGGCGGACUUGGAAAUCCUUCGCACUCGCAUUGUCCACACCGAGGCUAUGAAUUUUGCUCAAGUUGUCCUGAAGGAUGGUCCCAUCGCAUGGGUCGAGGCAGAGUCGUUCGAUGCCUUGCCUUACGACUUCCUUCACCUCCCAAAGCAAAAUGGAGCACCUCUCACUGGGUAUGCUAUGGUGCAGCCGCGUGGCUCCUCUGAUAGCUAUUUCGUGUGGUCCGUUCAUCACGCUCUUUAUGAUGGCUGGAGUAUUCCUUUGGUGUUCCGCAAGGUCGAAGAGAACUACUUUGCCUCGCAGACAAAGCGUGCUGGCACGCCUUACAGUCUGUUCAUCGACUACUUAGUCAAGAAGGAUAUGCAGGAGUCUGACGCUUUCUGGAAGUCUUAUUUGACCGACCUGUCCAGCACUCCCUUCCCUGAGAACAAGAAUGCGGUCCCUGAUGCUAUGCGUGCUGGCAACACGCAGCACCACACCAUGAAGGUUUCUCGCUCCAGCAACAGCGUCGACUUUACGAUCCCUGUCCUCAUGCGCGCUGCAUGGGCAAUCGUCAUUGCGACGCACACCGCAUCUGGUGAUGUAUGCUUUGGCGAGACUUUGUCGGGCAGAAACAUCGAUCUUCCCGGUGUUGCAGAUAUUGCUGGCCCUGUUUUGACCACCGUCCCCACCCGUGUCCAGGUUGACAACGCCGCGCCGACCAUGGAGUAUUUGCAGAAGAUUCACCAGUCUACCACGGAGAUGAUCCCACACUUGCACUGUGGUCUUCAACGUAUCCGGCAGCUGAACAAGGAUACUGCGACAGGUUGCGACUUCAAGAACCUGCUCGUGAUCCAGCCAGGCGAUGGUGAGCUUGACAACAAGAUCUGGAUCGAUGAGAAACGUGAAACAAGCGAAGACUUUUUCACCCACCCUCUUGUCGUCGAAUGUGGUGUCACCAAGACGAGCAUCUCAUUCACUGUGCACCACGAUGAACUUGUCAUCAACGGAUGGCAGACUAAGCGGAUCACUGAACAAUUUGCCCAUGUUCUGCAGCAACUGAUCGCCCUGCCCAAGAACAGCACGAGCAAGCUCGGAGACCUGGAGGUGAUUAGCCCUGAAGAUAAAGCUGAAAUCGGUACAUGGAACGAACGCAUUCCGCUCACUGUGGAACGGACUGUGCAAGACUUCAUUCGUGAGAAGGCCGACGAGACUCCAAAUGCCCAGGCUGUUUGUGCCUGGGAUGGCGACCUCACCUACAGAGAAUUCUGGGAUCUCGCCUCUGGCUUCGCCAACUACCUGGUCUCUCGCGGAGUUGGACCAGAGGUCUUCGUUCCAGUCUGUUUAGACAAGUCGGCUUGGGCAAUGGUCACCCUCAUCAGUGUUCUCAUCGCUGGCGGCGGGUAUGUGCCUUUGGAUCCCUCCCACCCUACCUCGCGACACGAGGAAAUUCUCGCCGAUGUCGGUGCCAAUAUGAUAUUAUGCACCCCCAACUACACAAGUCGUUACAGCCGAGUUGUGAAGACUGUUGUCCCAAUCAGCAAAGAGACAAUCAAGGCCUAUGGAGCUCUCAAAUCAUCUGGCCGUCGCCACACUCAAGUCAAGCCCUCCAAUAUGGCUUACGCAUUGUUCACCUCUGGCAGCACCGGUCGAGCCAAGGGAAUUAUUGUCGAGCACCGCAAUGUGGUCAGCAGUAUCAUGGCAUUCGCGCCAUGGGUUCGCAUGGAUGAGACCUCGAGAGUGUUCCAAUUCGCCUCCCUCACUUUCGAUGCUGCUGUUAUGGAGACGCUUGCAAUUCUCAUGGUCGGAGGUACCAUCUGUGUUCCCAGCGAAGACGACCGUCUGAAUGAUGUUGCCGGCGCAAUCCGUCGACUCAAUGUCACUUGGACUUUCCUCACCCCUUCAAUUGCCAGCAUCAUCGAGCCAUCCGCGGUGCCUUGCUUGAAGCACCUCGUUUGUGGUGGUGAGAAGAUGUCCAAUGAAGUUAUCACCAAGUGGGCCAAUUCUGUCCACCUCAUGAACGGGUACGGGCCGACAGAGACUUGUGUCUUCGCUGUGGUCGAUAAUGCUGUCGCCUCCAAUCGUGAUCCCGGCCGUAUCGGUUACGGUAUUCCCAGCACUCUCACCUGGAUUGUUGACCCCGACAACCACGAUCGGCUGACCCCACUGGGUGCCGUCGGUGAGCUUGCACUCGAAGGUGCUCCUUUGGCCAGGGAGUACCUCAAAAACCCCGAGAAAAACGCAGAAGCAUUCACCACGGACCCUGCCUGGAUCAAGGACUUCACCCCCGCGGUCCCUGGUCCCCGCCGAAUCUACAAGACUGGCGAUCUCUGCUACUACAACCCUGAUGGUUCUGUUCAGUACAUCAGCCGGAAGGAUCAUCAGGUCAAAUUGCAUGGCCAGCGGAUGGAGCUUGGUGAGAUCGAGCACCGCCUUUCUGAGGAUAUUCUUACCCGGCACGCGGUCGUAGUGCUCCCCAAGAAUGGCCCACUUAAGCAGCGCCUCGUCACUGUCAUGUCUCUGAACAGUGUUGCAGCUGACACCAAGCUGAUUUCUGACAAGCCCUGCGAGCUUGUGGAUGAGGAUGAACUCGAGCGUCAUGCUUAUAACGAGCUCGUCGACGUGCAGAAGAAUCUUGAGAACCAGCUGCCCAUUUACAUGGUCCCGCAGACUUGGGCUCUUAUCAAGAAGCUCCCUAUGCUCGUUUCUGGAAAGCUUGAUCGGAAGAAGAUCACUUCUUGGGUUGAGGAUAUUGAUGAUGUGUCCUAUGACCGUAUCAUGGCGGAUUACGAUCGCAUCAAGCGUGGCAAGACGGAAGAGAAGCCUCAAGAAAAACAAGAGAAGAAUGGAUCGCUCGACAUCGUCCGCGAUAUCUUUGCGCAGGUGUUGAAUGUCUCCCUGCAAAAGGUCAAUGUCGACCGCUCUUUCGUCAGCUUGGGUGGCGACAGCAUUACUGGGAUGGCUGUCAUUUCUCGCGCUCGUAAACAGGGACUGGUUCUGACACUGCACGACAUCCUUCAGAGCAGAUCAGUGAAGGAACUUGCGCAAACCGCCAGUGCCAAGGCACCUGUCGCUAGACGUGAAGAGAAGUCUGGCGAAGGCUUUGCGCUUUCGCCUGUCCAGAGACUCUACUUCCAGAGCUCGGACUAUUUCAAGGGCGCUGCUCGGUUCAACCAGAGCAUCACUGUUCGAGUCGCUCGUCGUUGUGAGGGCGAGGUCAUCAAGCGCGCUCUCAAGGCUGUUAUUAGCCAGCAUGCGAUGUUCCGCGCACGCUUCAGCAAAUCUAAUGACGGCGCCUGGCAACAGAAAACCGCAGGGGAGGUCGAUGGAUCUUUCCGAUUCCGCGUUCACUCUGUGGGCGACACUCGAGCGAUGGUUCCGAAGAUUGCUGACAGUCAAACUUGCCUGGAUCCUCUCAAUGGACCUAUCCUAGCAGCCGAUCUGUUUAACCUUCGCACCGGCGGUCAGGUCUUAUUCCUCGUCGCUCAUCAUCUGUGCAUUGACAUGGUAUCAUGGCGCAUCGUGCUCCAGGACCUCGAAGAGCUCGUGGUUUCCGGAUCUCUUUCACUCGAAAAGGCAUUGUCCUUCCAAAGCUGGUGUGCCAUGCAGACCGAGAGAUCAAAGACGCACGAUGCGGCUAUUGCCCUGCCCUUCACCCCCGAAAAGCCGAACUUGCUUUACUGGGGCAUGCAAGACUCACCAAAUGUGUAUGGAGAUAUCAAGAUGGAAUCCUUCACGUUGAGCGAGGAUACUACCCAAUUUAUCAUGGAUGACUGCCACACUGUCUUCCGGACUGACACUGUUGACAUCCUGCUGUCUGCUAUCGUCCAUUCCUUCGGUCGGACCUUCACCGAUCGCAAGGUGCCGACUAUUUACAACGAAGGACACGGCAGAGAACCAUGGGAAGCCGAUAUUGAUCUUUCCAGAACAGUUGGCUGGUUUACCACCAUGGCACCUUUGCUAGUUGAUCCGGAAGCUCGUGCCCUAAACGACAUUAUCAAGCGUGUCAAGGACACUAGACGCAAAAUUGUGGAUAACGGACGUCCUUACUUCGCCAAAAGCCUGCUUCAGGACCAGGCGGCUGAUUUCCCUGUCCCGUUGGAAAUCCUCUUCAACUACCUGGGUAAAAUGCAGCAGCUUGAGCGAGCCGAUUCGCUGUUCCAUCACCAUGGUAGCGUCUUUGACAGCUCGGACUUUGCUGUCGCAGGUGACAUGGGCCCCCAGACAGCUCGUUUCGCCCUCUUCGAAGUAUCUGCUAUUGUAAUCAAAGACCGCCUCAAUGUUGCCUUCACCUACAACAGCAAAAUGCAGCAUGAGGGCUCAAUCCGCCGCUGGAUUCUCCAGUGCAAGCAGACUCUCGAGAAGGAUAUCCUCACACUGAAAACGGCUACUCCCGAGCCCACUCUCAGCGACUAUCCCCUGCUCCCAAUCAACUAUCACGGCCUCCAGAUUCUCACCGCGAGCACCUUCCGUAAGGCCGGUAUUCGGAACAAGGAUGACGUCGAGGACAUCUACCCCUGCUCUCCCAUGCAGGAGGGCCUCUUGCUCAGCCAGCUCCGUGAUCCCAAUGCCUAUAUGUUCCAUACCGUGUUUGAGAUCAAGGAUGCCAAAUCUGGCAAGGUUAAUGCCGAAGGAGUCGCCCGCUCCUGGCAAGCCCUCGUCGACCGUCACCCCGUGCUGCGAACCAUUUUCGUCGACAGCAAUUACACUGGUGGAUCCUUCGAUCAACUGGUGCUCAAGAACCUUUCUGACAAUAUCCUGCGCGUCGAAUGUCAAGACUCACAGGUUGAGGAGAAGUUGGCUGCCAUCUCUCUUCGUGACAGGAACGCGAUGCGCCAAUCAAAGCUUUCUCACCAAUUAACUGUCUGCAAAACAAAUACCGGACGUGUGGUCCUUAAGCUGGAGAUUAACCAUGCCAUUAUCGAUGGUGGCUCGGUUGAUGUACUCCUCCGUGACCUGACUCUCGCCUACGAGCGAAAGCUUACCGAAGGUUCAGGACCUCGCUUCAGCGACUACAUCAAGUUUAUCAGAACCCAGAGCCAGAGUGACGCUCUCAAUCACUGGAAGCAAUACCUCGGCGGAGUUCACCCAUGCCACCUCGCUCCGUCGGCUGGGUUCGAAGCCAAGAGGGAACUGAAAGGUGUUAUGAUGAACUUCCAGCGAUUCCCUGAGCUGCUUAAGUUCUGCGAGCGCAGCUCUGUGACUCUCGCCAACUUGACCCUGUCCGCCUGGGCCAUCGUCCUGCGACAGUUCACAGAUUCCGAUGACGUUUGUUUCGGAUAUCUUUCUGCCGGUCGCGAUGCCCCUGUCAACGGUAUUCAGGACAUGGUUGGAAUCUUUAUUAACAUGCUUUGCUGUCGAGUCCAGUUCUCCGAUCAGCAGACCUUGGCAGAUGUGUCGAAUAAUGUUCAAGAUGCUCAUGUGCAAUGCAUUCCCCACCAAAGCUGCUCUCUAGCCAGUAUCCAACACGAGCUUGGCUGGCAAGGACAGUCCCUUUUCAAUACUACAUUGUCAAUCCAGAACCACUCCGUUGCGGGUGGUGCCAAGGACAAGGGAUUGUCGUUCGAUCUUCAGCACGCCCAUGAUCCGAGCGAGUAUGCGGUCACUGUGAAUGUUGAGAUCGCCCGAGGCCAGGAGGGUAUUCUUUUGAGAUACUGGAACGAUGUUGUGUCUGACGAAGAAGCCCAGGCUCUGGCUGACACCAUCGCCAAAGUGUUCACUGGCUUCAUAGAAGCCCCGACUGCGACAUUGUCGCACUCCAAAUUCGCUUCCGAGGCUGAGCCCGAGUCACUGGAUUGGGAUCGCUCCCAAACCACAUUGGCUGACAAGGCAAAGUCUACCGGAGACGCGAUUGACAGCAGUUCUAUUCAGAAAAUUAUUGAUGAUCGUGUUCAUGAGAUUAUUGGUCAGAUGUUGAGAGAAGGAAAACUGACGGUGCCUCCCAUCCGUACGGAAGGGUUGUCAAACUAUGGUUCUCACACUGAUACCAUACCCGACUCACCGUACCAGUUAGGUAUCCAAGGAGCAGAUGAUUCAGGUGUUUGUUCGGCCACUUCCCGAUCCAGUGAGGAUGGGAUGUCGGCCGAUGUGGAAAGGAAAUUGUGGAAUCUUUGGAGCACAGCGCUUGGUCUCUCACCCAACGUGGUGAGACACCAGGACAGCUUCUUUAAGUUGGGUGGUGACAGUAUCACCGCCAUGAAGAUGGUCAGUGCCGCUCGCGAAGAGGGCCUGGUCCUUACCGUUGCAGAUGUCUUCAACAAUCCUGUCUUCGAGGACAUGCUGACAACAGUACGAGCCGCGAACGUCACUCAGCAGAUGCUGAAUGCGGAUCUAAAAUCUGGCGGUCACAGGGAGGUUGAUAGUGACUUGCUCAAUAUUACGCCCACGACAUUGGGGCCCAGCCCCUCAACUGAGAGCCUUGAGGUUCUCAGGCCAUCGUGCAUCGAUGACGCCGCAGUACAGAGCGGUAUCUGUCCUAAGAUUGGUGUCUUCAAGGGUGGUAUCGCCGAUGUCCUCCCGGUCACAGACUUCCAGGCGAUGUCUCUGACGGCAACUCUCUUCAAGUCGCGAUGGAUGCUUAACUACUUCUACCUUGAAGGCAAUGGUCCCUUAGACCUGAGACGCCUUCGUGAGAGUUGCUUGAAGGUGGUCGAUGCCUUUGAUAUUCUACGUACAGUCUUUGUGUGCUUCCAUGACCAGUUCUUCCAGGUUGUGCUGCGCAAGAUCCGCCCCAGCAUCUUUGUUUAUGAGACUGACCGCGCUCUUGAUGAAUUCACCAUGACCCUCCAACAGAGAGAUCGCGAAUAUGGGCCACGAGAAGGCGAGCAGUACGUGCAGUUCUACGUUGUCAAGAAGAAGGGCAGCGACCAGCACCGUAUCUUGGUCCGUCUUUCUCACACUCAAUACGAUGGAGUGUGCUUGCCGAAGAUCAUGGCUGCCAUUAAGCACGGAUAUGAAGGCACCCCGCUGCCCCCGGUUACUCCCUUCGCUGGCUACUUACGACAAUUGCCAGGAACAAUCACCCCAGACCAUUACAGCCACUGGACCGAUCUUCUCAAGGGGUCUCGCAUGACCCAAGUUGUCCACAGAAAGGGUACCAGCAUGUUCCAGAAUGUUGGAGCAUUCACCGAGAUUCACAAGAAGAUUGAGAUCUCCCCCACUGCCCUUGGCAAUGUCACCAUCGCAACUGUCAUGCAAGCUGCCUGGGCUCUGGCCCUUGCCAAGCUAACCGCUCAGUCCGAUGUGGUGUUUGGUCUGACCAUCAGCGGUCGCAACGCCACAGUUCCCGGUAUUGAUAACACAGUUGGCCCAUGCGUCAAUGUCAUUCCGGUGCGCGUGAAGCUGGACGAGAAAUGGACCGGUGUCGAUCUCUUCCGCUACCUCCAAGAUCAGCAGGUCUCCAACAUGCCUUUCGAGUCCCUGGGCUUCCGGGAGAUCAUCAAGCAAUGUACCGACUGGCCUGACUGGACCUACUUCACUACCUCAGUCUUCCACCAGAACGUCGACUACGAGGGAACCAUGGAGCUUGACACCAACAAAUACCGCAUGGGUGGUGUUGGCGUCAAUGACAACCUAGCCGAUCUCACCAUGGUCUCCCGUCCCUCAGGUGAACGUGGCCUCGAUGUCACCAUUGGCUACUCCGAGAAGGGCCCUGUGAUGCCAUUCUUCGCCUCCAAGGUUCUCGAUAUGGCCUGUGAAAUUGCGCAGUCGCUGGUGGCCAACCCAACAGCGUCCCUGCCUUCGGCGAGCAUGCUGCGCUCCCUACCACCCCAGACAAUCGACGACGUGCCUCGACCAACAGACGAGCACUUCCUCAGCGCACACCUAAAGUCUCGCUCCAUCGCAGAGUUGCUUGUGCAUUCAGACAUUCUAUCUCGCUCGUGGCACCAGGUCCUACCCAGCCGCACCACCACGGCCCCCGUUGAGCCAGAAGCCGACAAGCCCACCCAGCAAUCCGCCUUCCAGUUGGACUCCUCCUUCUUCGAUCUCGGUGGUGACGUCUUCAAUCUGGCCCAGCUCACCUGGCUCCUUGAGCAAGAAGGUCUCAAGGUCCGUCUCGAGGAUCUUAUUGAACAUCCUUCUUUCCUUGGUCAAAUGGCCGUGCUGGCUUUGCAUAACGCCAAGCAUCACGAUGACACGCAAACCGACAUUCUUGCUACUGGUGCUGGAUCGCCUGAUCCGGUCGCUCGCAUCGAAAAGAAGAAGACAUGGUCGAAGGCGGCCAUGACCAUUGCGCGAAAGUUGACCGGGCGGAGCCCAGUCACCACUCGAGCUUGA